AUGCCUAACAACUCAGCACAUUUGCAGUGUGUGGCUGAAGCAGCAUUCCAGCACUUACUAUUACCCAUCGUUUACGGCCUGGUUUGCGUCCUGAGCCUGGCCUCAAAUGGCGUGGCCUUAUGGAGCUCUUGGGUCUACCGAGCCCAGGCUCCACCCAUCAUGAUCUUCAUCUACAACCUGAUUAUCAUUGACCUGCUCUUUGCCCUGUCGCUGCCAUCACAGGCAGUGUAUCAUGCCAGACACAAUGACUGGCCCUUUGGGGAAGGCCUGUGCAAGGUCACCAAUGCCCUCUUCCUGGCCAACAUGUUCUGCUGCACCCUUUUCCUGGCCUGCAUCUGCCUGGAGCGUUAUGUGGCUGUCCUCCAUCCUGUCUUCUACCUGCGCCUCAAAUGGCCUCUGUAUCGGGUGCUGCUCUCCAUGGCUAUCUGGUCUUUGGUAGGGAUUGGAUUGCUGAUCUUCUUCUCCAAGAGCACUGUGACUCAUCGCUUCUCCAAUGGAAACACCGCCUGCAUGGAAAACUUCCCAGCCCAAGUUUGGAGUGGAAGUCUGGCAGCCAUGAUCCUAUUUUCCUCAGCCCUGGGCUUCUUCCUGCCUUUCCUUACUAUCGUUAUCUGUUCCAUUGUGAUUGCCUACCGAAUUAUGAAUCUGGGCCAUGGGACAAUGCAGUCAUCUUCAUUGCGUAGGCAUUCCCUUCAAACCCUCUUGAUGGUGAUGAGCCUUCUCAUCUUCUGUUUUCUCCCUUUUCAUACCAUCCAUGUGCUACACACCCUGGGCCGUAUUGGCGUUCUUUCAGCUCCAGGAAUGCUGCACUUCACUUGCUCAGCCCAGCGUGCAGCUAUGGCCCUUGCUAGUAUUAACAGUGCUCUUGACCCCCUGGUAUACUAUUUUAACAUGAAGUCUGCUGAUUGGAAGCUACUAUGCUGUGGCACAGUCAGCCAAAAUCUUAUGGAGCCAGGUGAAAUUGCUAAUAGCACAGGGGAACGCCGUAGAAGGAGCAUAAUUCUUAAAGACUGAACUUAGUCUAUGGCUUCUUUCUGAUAGCUAGGUGAAAGAGGUGUCUUCCCCUUACUGUAAUUUAAGUUAUAAGCUCCUCUUGGCCAGAGAGAAAGAUUGAGAGAAAGAAGGAAAGAAAAAUCUUAUCCCUGAGUUAUUGAUUUAAUGCUUGCCUUGACUGGCAUGAUGCAUCAUUAGCCCAGCCUAUAUCAUGGCCUUGUUUAAGUUAAGAUAUAGGGGAAUGGAUGAAGCUGUAUCUCCCAAUCUUGUCUUCACUGCAGUGUUUGUUCUAUAGUUCCCAUUGUCCCAAACAGUGCUCCAAUGGACAAUGAUGGUUGAAGGAUAGAUUAGAAUGUCCUUUCAAGAUCUGAUAAGAACUGUAGCCCAAGAACAAUCAGUCGGAAGCAAUGGGAGCAAAGACUGGUCUAAAGAAGAGGACAGAAAAUAAAAAUAAACCAGGAAUCCAGACUAGAGAAAUCAGAUUCAUGUUGCAAUAAUCUGGGUUAGAAUUGUUCCCUUUUGCUGCCAUCUAAUGACCAGAACAUGGUUGCUGACUAGUUCUUUCAUCUUAAUACAGAUGACCACAGAAAAUAAUGGUUUUGGAAACAACACAAAAUUGUGCCUGUUGUGAUUCUAAUUGUAGAGUUCAUGUAUUGUGCUGAACCAUAACAUAAUUUGGUUUGGGUUACUGUGCUGUUCAAGUUAGCAUUGCGCUUUCUAAAUUUUAUAGCAUUUUUGUGUAGUGUGUGAAUUCAGCCAUUAUAAUUUAUUCAACAGAUUAUGGUUAACAAAAGCUUGACAAGGAGAAGCUUUGGCAGGCAAGACUCAGAAUUCAGGAAUAACAUGAGGCAAGGAAAGACUGGAAACAUUGCAAUUGUUAGGAUUGUUACUUUCUAUUUAUAUAAUUGUGCAUGAGUUUGGCUCAAAGUCCAGAAGAUUGGGAGAUAAAUAAAUAAUAAUCUGUACAAAUCAGCUUUGGACAUACCUUGAAUGAUUUGGAUUAAUUUAUUACAUGUUAUCAUCUCCUAAUACAUUUCCCAGCCUAACAGCUGAAGCAUCAAGAGCUACAACAGCAUGCAAGCUAUAAAAAAGAUUAUUCUCAGCUACUUGAUUAAAAGGCCCCAUUCAGGGGGUCCUGGUUACACUGGCACAGCAUGGUUUCUUCAGUUCUUACCAUUGCCAGAUCUGGACAUAUGUCCAAACCUGGUCUUUUACAGAAUCUUGAUCAAUAUCCACCUGGAGAAGAAGAUCUGGAGAAAAUAUAAAGCUUUCCAUUUGCAACUGUUAAGAAGGCUACACACAACCAGCAUUGUCCACUGAUGUUUAAAUGGUUUAUAAUACAGACUUCUUAUAAUGUGAGAUUUAUAUGGAUAAAGUGUGAUGAUAUACAAAUAGUCCUACUUCUUCAACAGUACCUUCUGGAUACUACAAAUGGAGCACAUCCAUUAAGGACACUAAAAUACAGAACCUCAGGAUAAUUUUUAAAAUUCUUGGAUGUAGUUCUCAGACCCAAUCUAAAAGCUAUUAUCAAACUGUAGUUUUUUGUAAUGGGGCAGAAAAGGAAUCUUA